AUGGGAGGACCUGCCAAAAUUCUUCAUAAAAUGAAUGUUGGUAUACUUGGUCAUGUUGACAGCGGAAAGACUACUCUAGCCAAAUUUUUGUCUACCCUUGGGUCGACAGCGGCGUUUGACAAGCAUGCACCUGCUUCUAAUCUCCGCGCAAAUACAAUCGAUUUGGGGUUUUCAACGUUCAAUGUAGAUGGUGUGGACAUAGCUUUGAUUGACUGCCCUGGACAUGCUUCUUUGAUCAGGGCCGUUCUUGCUAUUUCACCAGUUUUUGAUAUGGCUAUCGUUAUUGUCAAUGCGGCAAAGGGAAUAGAGCCACAAACGGCCGAGCAUUUGCUGCUGGUGUCGCUUCUCUGCCCUCAACAUGUGAUAAUUGUACUGAAUAAGAUUGAUUUAGUGGAUGAAGGAGGCAUUACCCGCGCACGGAAACAAGUCUCCAAGGCUUUGAAUCAACUAAACAUUCCUAACUGCACUCCAAUCGUAUUCGUCUCCAUGCUUAAGGAGGCAGAUGCCGGCGUUGUUACCGUAAAAGAGGCAAUUAAGACACAACUUUACACUCCCAAGCGAGUAUCAAGCGGGAAAUUUGUGAUGAGUGUAGACCACUGCUUUCCUAUUAAAGGAAAGGGGAACGUCAUGACGGGGACAGUUGUAGAUGGGGCGUGUCGAGUUGGUAUGGACAUUGAAAUUCCUACUUUAAAUAUGAAGCACAGAAUCAGAGGAAUGCAACGUUGGAAAAAAGACAUUCAGAAAGCUGAAGCAGGUGACCGCGUAGCCCUGCUGGUUUCAAAUUUUCCUGACAAAAGACUGAAUCGAUUUGUGGUGUGUGAACCUGGAGCAUUAUUGAAGCUAAAUUGCUCUUUAGCUACAGUUAAGACGAUUUCGUUCUUUAAAGGAUCCUUGAGCCCUACCGCAAAGUUACAUAUUUCCGUUGGUUUUGAAACAAUUAUGGCAACUUUUCAGUUUUUGAGUGGAACUCAUCCAUCCAAUGAGUAUGAGGUUGUAGAUGAGCUAACAAAGUCCGUUCGAUAUGUACUUUUGUCGUUUGAACAACCAGUCUAUGCCAGAACCAGUUCUUUUUAUAUAGCCUCAAAACUUGACACCCAAGAAAAAGGUUGUCGAUUUGCAUUUUACGGGGAAAUUGUUUCUGCCUUAAGUGAUGUCCAUCAGGUUAAGCGGUUCCGCAGGAAAAAGAAAACUGGUAGGAUUGAAAGAGUAGAAAGCAGCAGAAGCGUGAUAUGCACGUCUCUGUUCAAAAAGGGUACCGAUAUAACUGCCUUCGAAGGGAUGGAGGUACGGUUGUCCACUGGCGAAGUUGGUAUUAUUGAAGGUGCUUUUGGUAAAAGCGGCAAAGUUCGCGUAAGCCUCAAAGAAGAACUCAAAGCUUCUACUACAAACGACUUUCACUGUGCUGAAAGACUUGAAGUUGAAUUACAUAUGAAGAAGUACUUGCAUGACGGUUCCUUGGUCUCCUUCAUUCCAGAAUAG